AGCUGAGAGCUGUGCUACCACACAGAGAGAGAGAGCGAGCGAGCAAGAGAGAGAGAGAGAGAGAGAGGGGGAAACAGAGUGUGUGUGGAAGACAGAGGGUUAGAGAGAAAGAGUGAGAGGAAGGGGGAGACAGAGAGGAAAGAGAGGGGCAAAGAAUAGAAAGAGCAUUGUGUGGCUGCUGAGAAAGAACCCAUGUCUGCACAAAGAGAGAUGAAAGAGAAGAACCCCUGGCCUACGCCUGUGACCAUCAUCAUCAUUGUGAUUGGUGUCAUAGCGAUUGUUGCCCUGGUGACGGUGACAGUUUUGCAGAACAAACCUGUCCCCCAAAAGUACAAGUAUGGGAUUGUGCUGGACGCUGGAUCUUCCCACACAGCUCUUUAUAUUUAUCAGUGGCCAGCAGAGAAGGAUAACAACACUGGCAGAGUUGAACAGACACACUCCUGCAAAGUCAAAGGUAAAGGUAUUUCCAGCUAUGCGUCUGAACCAUGGAAAGCAGGAGAGUCUCUGAAAGAGUGCAUGGGGGAGGCUGAGGGGACUGUCCCCAAAGAAAGAGCUCACGAGACCCCACUCUAUCUGGGAGCCACAGCAGGAAUGAGGCUGCUGGAUAUUGUGGAUAACUCAGCAUCAAAGAACGUAUUUCAGGCUGUGGAGAAAGCCCUGGUGAACUCCCCCUUCUCCUAUCAGGGAGCAAGAAUCCUCAGUGGGCAGGAAGAGGGUGCCUUCGGGUGGGUCACAGUCAACUACUUGGAUGAUCGUCUCAAACAGGGCUUGAAAACAACAGGCGCUCUUGACCUUGGCGGGGCGUCUACUCAAAUUAGCUUUAUAUCCGAUGAUUUUGACGGCUCAGAGUCACCCAUCAACUCUGUCAACUUCCGACUCUAUGGAAAUGAUUAUAACCUGUACACUCACAGCUUUCUGUGCUACGGAAAAGACCAAGCGUUAAAAAUGGUGCUGGCAACUCACACUCAGUCAGGUGCAACAACAGUAUCGGAUCCUUGUUUCCACUCGGGCUACAAUGAGACAAAGAACUACUCCGUCCUUUAUGACAGCCCCUGUGUGUCAGGCAGGAAACCUCAGGAAGCUCCAGAAAAAUUUGAUCACAUUGGGAAGGGAAACUUCCAAGAAUGCCAGAAAGCUGUCAAAAGUGUAUUUAACUUUAUUUCCUGCAAAUACAGCCGAUGCUCUUUCAAUGGGGUCUUCCAGCCUCUUUUGCAGGGGCCAUUCGGGGCGUUCUCUGCUUACUACUUUGUGAUGAACUUCCUCAAUUUGACUGAUACAUCCAUGCCCCUUGAAACUGUGAAGGAAAAGCUAAGCCAGUACUGUGCUACCUCUUGGGAUAAGAUAAAGAGGCAGCAUCCUACAGUAAACGUAAAGUAUCUGGCUGAGUACUGCUUCUCGGGCACCUACAUCCUCACCCUGUUGACAGAAGGAUACAAUUUCACUGCAGAGACUUACUCAAACAUAAAAUUCAUCAAGAAGAUAAAAGGCAGUGAUGCAGGCUGGACUCUGGGUUACAUGUUGAAUCUCACCAACAUGAUCCCAGCUGAGGCUCCUGACUCACCCCCUCUACCCCAUGCCGGCUACGUCUCCAUAGUAACCAUCAUGAUAAUACUACUCAUCGGCCUCCUCUUACUUGUCGCCCUCCGCAUAUUCUGGCCCCGUUGCUCCAAGAAAACACAAAUUGUAUAA